AUGAACACCAUCAAGUUAAGCGCGAGCAGACUGGCUCGGAUACAUUUAUCGGAUCUUGGAUUGUUAUGGUGCAACAUCAUAUUCAAAACAUUCUUAACGUAGUUCUUUUUUUCAAAACAUUCUUCACGUAGUGUUAAACACCAUUUCGCACUUGGAUUCGGAAUAAUACAGCCAACCAACAUAAGUCAACCAUUUAAGGUUCGAGAAUACACAUGUCAACCAUUUAAGGUUCCAAAAACAUAAGUUAACCAUUUAAGGUUCGAUAAUAAACAUGUCAACCAUUUAAGGUUCCAAAAUAAACAUAAAUCAACCAUCUAAAGUUUAAAAAGGACAUAAGUCAACCAUUUAAGGUUCGGAAAUAAACAUCCGGAUACUUGAGUAUUAGCUCUCUCUUACCAAACAUAAAUAAAUUGGGGGUAAAACCAAUCCAAAAUAAGAAAAAUGUCACAGUCUGUGGCACGCACGGUAUAUCCCACUUCUGAUGUCGGCUUGAGAUCGAAAUCAAACUAAUUAUCGCGCAAAACACUACUUGAAUUGCAGACAACAAUUCAGAUCUCAUC